AUGGUGGUGGUGGAUGGCGGCGGUCCCUUGGGCGUGGUGCCUCGAUGCGAAUCUGCCUUGCCUCCCACGCGUCGAACUCACCCUUAUAUCACUCCCUCCCAGCAUGUCUAUCCUUCGCAUCUCCCACCACUCUCUCGCUGCAGGAAACAGCCACCGCCUGCACCUAACCACGCCCGCCAGGUACAGCCUCUCGCCCGCUCCGCCUGUGCUGCCACCACCACCACGACCACCCUCGCCCAGGCGCAGUACUACUCUUUGUCCGUCAACCUCCACGCCGUCGCCGAAAAGCACUUGUCCGCUGGCCGGAAAGUCUCCGAGUUAAUCUGUCAAUCUUUGCAAGAAGCUUCGCUGUUCUCCCGCCAAAACCCAAAGGCUAUACCCCGGCACGCCAACCACGACCACACACCGUCAUUUCGCCCCUAUAGCCCGGCCAUUUAG